AUUCGCCGUCUCCCGUCGCCGAUGUCGGGAAACAAUAAAACUUAAGCAAUCUUCCACAAGUCCUGUCUUUUUUUUUUCGAAAAAGGUAACACUAGAAAGAAACAAUGGGAAUCAUAGAAGACGGUACAAUCUCAGGUACCUUGCCAAGCAAGGAGGCGUUUGUAUUACACUUCCCUGGCUACCCAUCUUCUAUUUCCAAAGCCAUUGAAACCCUUGGAGGAAUCCAGGGAAUUACACAGGCAAGGGAAUCAAUUUCAAACAAGCUUGAACUGCGUUUCCGGCCUGAGGAUCCUUAUGCACAUCCUGUAUUGGGUGAACAACGUCCUUGCAAUGGUUUUUUGUUAAGAAUUUCUAAGCAGGAUAUCAAAAAGUCUGAGAGCCAACCAGUUCUUGCCACUAGUGAUGUAUGUUCAGAGGAAGCUAGUCCAGCUUUAUGUGCAGAUAUUGUAGCUCAUGUGUCUGAAUCGUUUCACUUUGAUGGCAUGGCUGACUAUCAACAUGUUAUUCCUAUUCACGCUGAUAUUGCGCAGCAGAAAAAGAGAAAGUGGAUGGAGAUGGAUUCCCUUACAGGAAAUACUGAUUUGAUGGGCCUGGCUGAUGAAGAUGUAAUGAUGUUAUUGCCACAGUUCUUUGCACCCAAAGAUAUACCAGACAACGUAGCGUUGAAACCUCCGGCAACAACUGGUCCCAAAAAGAAAGAUGAUGCAGAGGCUCAGAACUUUUAUGAGAUUGAUGUUGGCCCAGUAUUUGCAAUUGAAUUCAGCGUCAAAGAGAUCCCAAAGAAACUAAAUUGGGAAGAGUUUGUUUCUCCCAGCUCAAAACACUGGCAAUGGCAGGUAUCUGUGUCUGCAUUGUUUGAAGAGCGGCCUAUAUGGACAAGGGAUUCUGUAGUUCAACGACUACUUGAUAAAGGUCUGAAAUGUACACAUCAUAUGUUAAACAGGUUUCUUCUCAGGGCUGCAUAUUAUUUCUCCAGUGGUCCGUUUCUUAGGUUCUGGAUUAAAAGAGGCUAUGAUCCACGGGAUGAUCCUGAGUCUCGUGUAUAUCAGAGAAUGGAAUUCAGGGUUCCACCUGAAUUACGAAGCUAUUGCGAUGCCAACGCAACUAACAACUCAAAGCCAAGCUGGAACGACAUUUGUGCUUUUAAGAUAUUUCCUUUUAAAUGUCAAACCUUUCUGCAGUUAUUUGAACUUGACGACGAGUACAUCCAGCGAGAGAUAAGAAAACCUCCCAAGCAGACUACUUGUAGCCACAAAACAGGAUGGUUCUCUGAAGCCAUGCUUGAUACUUUGAGACUCCGCGUAGCUGUGAGGUUUGUGUCUGUGUUUCCUGAGCCAGGGUUCGAAGAUGUAUUUAAAUCCAUUCAAGAGGAAUUUGAGAGGUCAGAGAAGAUACAAAUUCUGAAAGAGACACUUAAACCAUCUCUAGUGAAGCACCGGGAGUCAACUAAAGGUGCUGAAGACAUGGAAAAGUGUAAAACUGUAAACGAAGAUGUUGAUGCUAAUGUUAAUGAGGAUGGAUCUGAUGAAAACCUGGAUGACGAAGAAGAGGAAGAAGAAGAAGAACUUGAUAUGGCUGCAGGAGACAAUGAGAAAUCUUUUGAUUCCCAUGGAUAUCUUGAUAAUGAGAACAGCUCCAGGACGUACCUUCAAGGUUUAUUUGAUAGUUUCCCAACCAGUGAACCUGGUUUAUAUGGAGACCAUGCAGUUGAUGAUGGGAGUGAUGGAGAGUUUCAGAUAUACGAGGAAGAAUCUGAGGGAAUGUACUCCAUUGAUGAUAAUAAUGAUGACGAAGAAGAAGAUGAUGAUGAUGACGACUGAUGAGUAAAGAUCAUCAGCAGUUCAUACCAUAGGUGAAGUAGGCUUUGUUCUUAUGAAUCAUUCGUCCAGAAAUGAGACGUCACCCAGCCUCCUCAGCUCCAUCAAUUGGUUGCAAAUUGGCAAUUGCAUCUUGCUUUUUUGGUUUUCCAUUACAAAAUAGUUAUAGGUUUACAUCUCAAUUUUGGAAACUAACUAUAGAAAACAAACUACAGUAAUGUUCUUCUAACAAACACAUUGUAUAACCAUUUACACAUUACAUAAUUUUCAACUAUGUGGUUUUA